UUAAGGAAUUGGCUGAGAGUUCAAGGUGCACAUAUGAUUGUAGACCUGCAUGGUACAGAUAGCAAGAAAAAGAAGCUUCAAAAGCAUUGCUAUCCUUUUCUCUCCAAGCAACAACAGCCCUCUGUAAAAUAUUUAGCCAUAAAGAUAUGACUUUUCUUUUUGACCUGCCAUGAUUAUGGAGAGGGCCACCACCUAUGCCUGUGCACCUGUGGUGUUACAGAUUUUAGUCCAGAGACUAGGUAAGGUGUUCUUAGCUGUGAGAACAGCUGAUGGGAUGGUCUGAACAUCCAGUUUAACCUGUGACUCAGAAGUCAUACUGGUUCGCUUAUCAGAAACACUGGCAACAAAAGGGACAAACCCCUUUUGAUUUUCCAGUACUGACAUAAUUUAUAUUACAUGGAUAUACAUAUUUUGACUGCUUGACAAAGAAAAUCAUGCCUAUGACAGCUUCUUGUCAAGCAAGUAAUCCUACUAAAUGGAAGCAUGACCGGCACCAUCCGUUUUUGAGGUCUCUUCUGGUAAUUUCCAGAGUCCUGGUACAGCCAGUUUUAGGGAACUGUUUUAAUCUGGUGACUACCUGCAGUCUUUGCUGAACAGCACUAGAAGCAUUGGGCAUUUAGCAGCUUUGAAAAUUACAUCAUAGGCAUCUUAAAUGUACUUCUCAAGCGUGCAUUGGUUUUAAAGCUUAGCAGCUGGCCUUUUGGCCAUAUAUAUAGAUCACACACAACUCUGACUUGCUUAUCAGAAAUGGCAGUUAGUUGAAUGCAGAGAAAAAUUAUAUGUUUCCCUCCUGCCUUCACCUUCUCCUUUCCUGUUUUCUGUGUGGAAUGAGGAUCUUGGGGAUGCCUUAAGCUGGACCAUAGACCCCCUAGCCUGUCAGUUUUGCUAGGGAUAGAGGGGACUUGUUGUGUAAAGUGCUACAACCUGCUAUAUUUUCACUCUUACUGCUGUGUGGCAGCAAGAGUUUUAGAUGCAUGAAAUCUUGCUUAGGUGUAAGGGGGCUGGGGGAAGACACCAGCAGAAGAAACUGCUAGUUCAGAGCUCACAGUUAACAGGACUGAGAUUCUGAGCAAGUCUCAGGGUAGUGGGAAUGGGUAACACAAAGCCAGCACUGGGAGCUCAUUUUAAUUUCAACCAUCUUGUGCGUGUGUAGUUGGCUGUCUUUGUUUAAAGAACUUGGCCUUCAGGUAGAUUUUAUUUGGACGGCUUGCUUAUCCAAAGAACAUUAAUGACUUUCCUUGAGGAGUUGCAGCCAGUACCUUUGCACCCUGGUUCUCCUCUAGCCCUGUUUUCUCUUUUCCAUAAUCUCCCAGUGCCCGGCAGCAAGCCUUUAGGGUACAUGCGCAAGCAAAAGGAGCUCGAGUUGGGGAAUUAAUAUUCCUGGAACAUAACACCAGCAGCAUGCACACGCUGAGGAGAAUAUUAGAGCUAUUAGCGGUGGGAGUUUGGAGUGCAUGCAAUAUCUAGAUGGAGAAUUCAGUGUGAUUAAUCUGCCUCUAAGCAGCAGCCUCCGGGCUCUGGGAAUUCUGUGGCACGUUUGAAAUCAGAACUUUUUUUAAUUACCUUUCCGCAUCAACAAAACAAUUGCAGUUGUGUGAAAAUAAGCCCAUUCAGUCCCUGCCCUGUCUCUGUUCUUUUUUUUUUUUUUUUCCUUUUUGGAUGAGGCAUGCUGCCGGAGUCCUGAGUAUUCACAGUCCCGACAGCUCUGACAGCGUUUUGCACAAGAGCAGAGGGACUGAACCUGGGAGGCUUGGCCAGCCUCCAAGUCAGGUAAUUGCAUCGUGGGCCAAGCUGGAGCAAGCCCAUGCUAGUCGGUGUGUAUGUGUUAGAUUCCUUGCUCUUUCCCCCUUCUUUUUUCCUGUUCCCAGCAAAUGCCUGUGCCUCCCUUUCUCCCCCAUUCACCUCUUCACCUUGCAUCCUGGCAUGUUGGCAGCCAUGUUGCCUACCUGCCACAGGCAGGUUGAAUGAGAUUCCCCAAGAGAGGAGGAGUGGGAUAAACAUGGAGGUUACCUCUCAUGCAGUCAGCAGGGUGGGAAAAAAUAGAUAAAAAAGUGAAAGGAGUUGAUAUAAAAAUGGUAGUAAAGUUGUGGCCAUACAAGGAGCAAGACGUCCUGAAAGAUAUGAGAUUGGAUGGGGACCUCCCUGCUUGCAAUUCAUACCUUUGCCCUCCCUCUCACGAGCAGAGGCAGGAGAGUUUAUUCCAUCCAUUUCAGCCUGGUUUAUUGCUGUACUGGCAUGGAGACACUGUAAAACAACAGGGGAAAUCUUCCCUAACACAGUGGCUCUGCCAGGGCUGGGAUGAUGCCCUAAGGCACUGGGAUUCAGAGUUGAUGUGGGAACAGAGGCUUUGGCCAUGGAGCAGCUCCAACCUGGAAGACCAUCUUGUGGAUGCCUGGAUUUUAUGCUGGAAGCACAUAGAGCUGCUGGGGUACAAAAGUUUCUGACAAGUGUCUUGGGUUUUGUGCUGGUGCCAGCCCUCUGGGGCACCACAGGCACUCAUGGGUGCUCCCACCAUCCAGCAGCAGCAAGUUGGGAAUGUACUUGCCAGCUGGUUCAUGGCAGGGAUCUGGAUUGCUUCCUUCUCACUUCGCGCUCGCUCCACAUACAGAUUUCCCUCCUGCCUCACUGGCAGGUUGUGGAAAGGGCAAGCUACGAUGGUAGUGCUGUUUUCUCCUCCCUUCCAGGUCAACACGGUGAUGGGAAUUGCUUUGUAGGUCUUGAUGAGGGCAUGGAUGGAGGUUGGAGAGAGGACUGGACACACUGUGAGGAUCACAAGCUGUCUUCCUUUUGGCUCUGCAGUUCCAAUAACUUCAUAAAUAUAGCAUUCUGCAAUUAGCACAGUUUAAUUUUUUAAAAUUUAUUUUUAAUUUCUCUUGGCUGUGCCCUUGACUUAUUCCUCUGAAUUCCUGGCCUUCCAGCAUGAUUAGCACAGUGUGUUUGAGCUGACUUGCUUCAAAAGGUGAAAAAAACCCCAACAUUUUAAACACAAAGAACAGAUUUUUAUUUUUUCGGGCUUAUUUACUGACAUGUCUGAGGUGGUGUUAAAUUUUGAGAAAUUGAUGUUAAAAAAAUACACCAGCUGAAUAAACAAUAAAAAAAAAGCCCCAAAUCUUACAACUUUCCAGGUCACAUUAAGCUAAUAGCUACUUAAUAAGCCUUUUUUUUCUUCUAGGCUCCAUUUCAGAAAUGACUGCAGAAGUCUUAUAUCAUCAGCUUUUGCUCCCAGAGCAACAUCCGAGCAUUGCAUUGUAUUGGGAGUACAUCAAAGUCUCCUGGCCUUUCUUUCAUCUACCCCAGUCUGUCUUCCCCUCCCCAGGGCACCUAAAACCUAAAAAUACACUAGGGAAUCAAAAACUCCACUCUUUUCCCUAUUGCCUUGCUUAGGCCUUACAUACAACUCUGUUACCUUUACUCUGACUGCUUUUUCUCAAAUUGUAGUUUAGUAGUGAUUUCAGAUCCUCAGGUGGGGGGAAGAAACCCCAAGUGCCCACUGAUGAGGCUUACCUCUGCCCGGCCCACAGCUCCCAGGGCUCUGGCAUGGAGUUGUGUUCACUCUGCGUGGCCCUGCUUGCCGGUGGCUCUCAGCGCUGCCUUCCCUGUGUGUCUCGGGCACAACCCAGAGCAUCUGCCUGUUUCCAUCCUUACCCUGCCAUCCCCUCUGCCAUGCCCCCCUGAGCCUCUCCUGUGGCCACUGCCACCCCUUGAUCUUCACCCCAGCACCUCAUCCUGCUCCAGUCCCAGCAGGUCCAGAGGGGCCAUGGCAGGUGUACUGUCCCAGAAAGCUGCUGGUGCCUGUGCUGCGCUGGAGGAUGGCGCCUGGACUGGCGCUUGCUGUCUGUCCUGCCCAGGCCACUUUUAGAAGGUAUUUCCACUGUGGUCACAAAGUUUAUUUGUGAAGAAAAACCACCAAAAAAAAAAAACCAAACCCACAACAAAAAAGAAGUAUGAUUUAUUAAAAAAAAAAAAAGCCAUUUUCUUGGCCAGCCAUUUCCUGAGUUCCCUUUGUUACUACUGCAGAUAUGUGUUUGAAUAAGAGCCUUUUCCCCUCCCCUCUCCUAUUCCUCCCUGUUCUACCCUGCAGUGAAGUCACAAUCCGGCGUUUGUGGGCUCUGUGUGAUGUCAGAGACUCGGUCUUGUGACUUCACCGGCGGGCUCAAAGCAGAAGGUGCAGACGAGGCUGAGAGAAGAGAAAAAAAGCCCCCUCCUCUCCUCUUCCCUCCCCCCCUCCACCCUCUCGGUUUAUAAAACCAGUAGCUGAGAUAAAUCGGAAGGGGGUGGGGAGAAGCAGCAGGGAAAGCUGAGAAAGAUGCCAGAAAGGAGGGCUUUUGAGCUACUGUUCUGCUGCUGAACAGCAUGCAGUCCUUUCGGGAGCAAAGUAGUUAUCACGGAAACCAGCAGAGCUACCCGCAGGAAGUGCAUACUUCAUCCCGACUGGAAGAGUUCAGCCCCCGCCAGCAGGCCCAGAUGUUCCAGAGCUUUGGAGGAGGUGCUGGCAGUGGACGUCGUGGAGCAACAGGAGCCUCUACAGCAAUGCCUGGUGAGAGCUCUGGCCAUCAGAGCUACCAAGGUUUCAGAAAAGAAGCAGGAGAGUUUUACUAUAUGGCUGCCAACAAAGAUCCAGUGGUGUCAGGAGGGCAGCAGCCGCCUCAGCGCAGGCCUUCUGGACCAGUACAGAGCUAUGGGCCCCCUCAAGGGAGUAGCUUUGGGAGUCAGUAUGGGAGUGAGGGACAUGUGGGCCAGUUCCAAACACAACACUCGACCCUUGGGGGUGUAUCCCACUAUCAACAGGAUUAUACUGGUCCUUUUUCUCCAGGGAGUGCCCAGUAUCAGCAGCAGGCUUCUAGCCAGCAGCAGCAGGUGCAGCAGCUGAGACAGCAGAUAUAUCAAUCUCAUCAGCCUUUACCCCAGGCUUCCAGCCAGUCUGCUUCUAGCACCUCACACUUGCAGCCAAUGCAGCGUCCAUCCACCCUGCCUUCCUCUGCUUCAGGCUACCAGUUACGAGUGGGUCAGUUCAGCCAACACUAUCAGCCACCUUCGUCAUCCUCCUCCUCCUCUUUCCCUUCCCCACAGCGUUUUGGCCAGUCAGGACAGAAUUAUGACGGAAGCUACAAUGUGAAUUCUGGGUCGCAGUACGAAGGCCAUGCUGUGGGUUCCAAUGCGCAGGCCUAUGGGACCCAGUCAAACUACAGCUUUCAAACUCAACCGAUGAAAAGCUUUGAGCAAUCUAAGCUGCCCCAAAGUGGGCAGCAGGGGCAGCAGCAACAGCACCCACCUCAGCACGUAAUGCAGUAUUCAAAUGCUGCCACCAAACACUCUCUUCAAAGUCAAGUGGGACAAUAUAGCCAGACUGAAGUUCCCGUAAGGUCACCGAUGCAGUUCCACCAAAACUUCAGUCCAAUCUCCAAUCCAUCGCCUGCUGCAUCUGUGGUUCAGUCUCCAAGCUGCAGCUCUACCCCUUCUCCACUCAUGCCAGGUGGAGAAAAUCUCCAGUGUGGGCAAGGCAACAUGUCCAUGGGUUCUCGAAACCGGAUCCUGCAGAUGAUGCCUCAGCUUAGUCCUACACCAUCUAUGAUGCCAAGUCCCAAUGCUCAUGCGGGUGGAUUCAAGGGGUUUGGACUGGAAGGACUGCAGGAAAAAAGGCUCACAGAUCCAGGACUGAGCAGCCUGAGUGCUCUAAGUUCUCAAGUUGCUAAUCUGCCCAACACAGUCCAGCACAUGCUGCUCUCGGAUGCCUUGGCACCUCAGAAAAAAAGUUCCAAAAGAUCAUCCUCUUCCAAGAAGGCUGACAGCUGCACCAACUCAGAAGGCUCCUCCCAGGCAGAGGAGCAACUCAAGUCUCCCAUGGCAGAGUCUCUGGAUGGUGGCUGUUCCAGUAGUUCAGAAGAUCAUGGGGAAAGGGUGAGACAGCUGAGUGGCCAGAGCACCAGCUCAGACACCACUUACAAAGGGGGUAAUUUAGAGAGACCCAACUCCUCACCAGCACAAGGCUCUCAGAAUGAGCCAUCAAAACUCAGCAGCAGUCCUGCAGCUAGGGAAGAUGUGGCCUCCCCUGAUGGGAAGGAAGCUGUAGUGGCUGUGGAAAAUGCCCCAAAAGUUAAUGAAAAGGCUGUUGGGGUGAUUGUCUCCCGGGAAGCCAUGACAGGAAGAGUAGAAAAGUCAGGUGGACAAGAUAAACCUGCACAAGAUGAUGCUUCCACAGCCCCUCAAGCACCAGCUAGCACUAGUGGAGCAAAAGAAGCUGGGCAUGCAGGGACUCAGCAAGAAACUCAAGGAGGAGGUAAAGGGAGCAAAAGUGGCGAUAACACUAACCAUAAUGGGGAGGGGAACAGUCAGCCUGGUCAUGCAGUUGUUGGGCCAAAUUUUCCUGCAAGAACAGAAUCUUCCAAGUCUCCUGGCAGUUUAAGAUACAGCUACAAGGAUAAUAUAGCACCUGGUAUACAGAGAAGUAUCGGUGGCUUUCCACAGUAUCCAUCUGGUCAAGAAAAGGGGGAUUUUGCAGGGCAUAGUGAGCGCAAAGGCCGUAAUGAGAAGUUUCCUAGCCUCCUACAGGAGGUUUUACAGGGGUACCACCAUCAUCCAGAUAGAAGGUAUUCUAGGAACGCGCAGGAGCAUUCUGGGAUGGCGGGGAGUUUGGAGGGAGCCAUGAGACCCAAUGUUUUAAUUAGUCAAACCAAUGAAUUGACCAAUAGAGGCCUCUUAAACAAAAGCAUGGGGUCUCUCCUGGAAGGCCCUCACUGGGGUCCCUGGGAUAGGAAGUCUAGCAGUGCAGCUCCAGACAUGAAGCAGAUAAAUUUAGCUGAUUACCCUAUUGCUAGAAAGUUCGAUGUAGAGUCUCAGUCUGCUGCCCAUGAGGCAGGAGCCCUCUCAGAGAGGAGAUCAGUGAUCUGUGACAUAUCUCCAUUAAGGCAACUUGUAAGAGAUCCUGGCCCUCACCCCAUAGGGCACAUGGGUCCCGAGGCCAGAAGCGGAAGGAGUGAACGUCUUGCCCCUGGCUUGAGCCAGUCAGUAAUACUCCCUGGUGGUUUAGUAUCCAUGGAAACAAAGAUGAAAGCUCACAGUGGGCAAAUAAAGGAAGAAGAUUUUGAACAGUCAAAGAGCUCAGCUAGUCUCAACAAUAAAAAAACAGGAGACCAUUGUCAUCCUGCUGGCAUCAAGCAUGAAUCUUUCCGAGGGAAUGCCAGCCCUGGAGCAGCAGUCUCUGAUGCUGCUCCAGACUACAUGCCCCAGCAGGACAACAGAUCAACACAGAUGAGACGAGGACCUGGCAGAACUGGAAGGGGUAAAUCACCCUCUCAAUAUCAGGAUCUUGCUGAUAAGCUGAAAAUGUCACCAGGCAGAAGCAGAGGCCCAGGGGCAGAUCUGCAUCACAUGAACCCACACAUGACACUAUCUGAAAGAGUUAGCAGGGGUUCCUUGCAUUCUGUCUACCCUCAGAAUUCGGAAGGCCCAUCUCUGGCUUCAGCAUAUCACACAAAUGCUAGGCCUCAUGCUUUUGGUGACCCCAGCCAGAGUCUGAAUUCCCAGUAUCAUUACAAGAGACAGAUAUACCAGCAACAGCAAGAAGAAUACAAAGAUUGGGCAAGCAGCGCUGCUCAGGGUGUGAUUGCUGCAGCUCAGCACAGGCAGGAAGGAGCAAGGAAGAGCCCAAGACAACAGCAGUUUCUGGAAAGAGUAAGGAGUCCCUUAAAAAAUGACAAGGAUGGAAUGAUGUACCUUCCAGGCAGCUCUUACCAUGAUACUGGAAGCCAGGAAGCUGGGCGCUGUGUCAUGGGGAGUGACAGUACUCAGAGCAAAUGCACUGAACUGAAACAUGGCAGCCAGAAAUUGCAGCAUCAUGAAUCUGGUUGGGACCUCUCUCGGCAAACUUCUCCUGCCAAAAGCAGUGGCCCUCUUGGAGCAGCCAACCAAAAAAGAUUUUGCCCUCAAGAAAGCGAUGGGCAUCGACGAGAGGAAUCUACAGAUUUGCCCAAGCCUAGUAAUGCUAUGCUUAGGCUCCCUGGCCAGGAGGACCAGUCUCCGCAAAACCCAUUAAUUAUGAGGAGGAGGGUCCGUUCUUUCAUCUCUCCUAUCCCUACCAAAAGACAUGAUAUGAAGAACAGUGGCAGUGAAGAUAAAGGGCGACUGAUGACUUCAGCAAAAGAAGGAGCCGAUAAAACAUACAACUCCUAUGCCCAUUCAUCUCAAAGCCAAGAUGCUGGCAAGUCAGUUGCAAAGGGAGAUUCCUUCAAGGACCUGCCAAGUCCUGAUAAUAGGAAUUGUCCUGCUGUGUCCCUCACAAGCCCGGCGAAGACCAAAAUACUGCCCCCAAGAAAGGGGCGAGGAUUAAAACUGGAAGCUAUUGUUCAGAAAAUUACAUCUCCCAAUAUCAGGAGAAGUGUUUCUGCCAACAGUGCUGAAACUGGUCCAGAUACUGUCACUCUUGAUGACAUCCUGUCCCUCAAGAGUGGGCCUGAAGGAGGAAAUGUGGCUGGACAUGGACCAGAGGCUGAGAAAAGAAAAGGAGAGAUAUCAGAUCAAGUGGGGCCAGCAAGCCAGGAUACAACAGGUGAAAAAACUGUUCCAAGAUCUUCAGAAGAGUGGCAAAGCAGCGAGGAUGAUAAAAACAAAAAAGAGGUCCCUGAAACCACCAGUAUUGGCAAAGAGGGAGCAGGAUCCAGUGCAGCACCACCACCUUCUCAGAAGUCAAGUGGUCAGGGAAGGUCUGAUGGAUCUGUAAGUGGAGCUGGAACUCUGACCUUUUCUGACUCAAAAACAAUUUCCCCUUCCAGUGUGUUCAUUUCUGAACCAAAUCCAAAGUCUGAGGAAAAAGAUGGAGAUUUGACAAACAUUUCACCCAAGCCAGAUGGUUUCCCUCCAAAGGGAUAUUUCCCCUCUGGAAAGAAGAAAGGGCGGCCAAUUGGGAGUGUGAACAAACAGAAGAAGCAGCAGCAACAGCAGCAGCUACCUGUGCCCCCGCCUCCGCCACCAGCACCAUCACAACCUGCAGAAGGGGUGGGUGCUGGUGAGCCAAAGCCCAAGAGGCAAAGGAGGGAGAGGCGCAAACCUGCAGCACAGCCACGGAAGCGGAAGCCUAGACGGGCUGCUCCAAUCGUGGAGCCUCAAGAACCAGAGAUCAAGCUUAAAUAUGCUACCCAGUCUGUAGAUAAAACUGACUCCAAGAAUAAGUCCUUUUUCCCUUACAUUCAUGUGGUAAACAAGUGUGAAUUAGGCGCUGUGUGCACAAUCAUAAAUGCGGAGGAAGAGGAGCAGAACAAAUUGGUGAGGGGUCGGAAAGGACAGAGGUCUUCAACGCCCCCUCCUAGCAAUGCGGAGAGCAAAGUGCUGCCCACCUCAACUUUCAUGCUGCAAGGCCCUGUAGUAACGGAGUCUUCUGUCUUGGGGCACCUGGUUUGCUGCCUGUGUGGCAAAUGGGCCAGCUAUCGUAACAUGGGUGACCUCUUUGGUCCUUUCUACCCCCAGGAUUACGCAGCUACCUUGCCCAAGAAUCCGCCUCCAAAGAGGGCCACAGAAAUGCAGAGCAAGGUCAAGGUACGGCACAAAAGUGCUUCUAAUGGUUCCAAGACAGAUACUGAAGAGGAGGAGGAACAGCAACAACAGAAGGAACAAAGAAGCCUGGCUGCUCAUCCCCGCUUUAAGAGGCGGCACCGCUCUGAGGACUGUAGCGGAGCCUCUCGGUCACUUUCAAGGGGAGCUUCUUGUAAAAAAGCAACCACUGAUGGUGGCAGUGGUGGUGAAAAGACUCCUUUGGACUCAAAACCGUCUGUGCCCACUUCAGAAGGUGGCACUGAGCUGGAGUUACAAAUUCCUGAACUACCUCUUGACAGCAAUGAAUUUUGGGUCCAUGAGGGUUGUAUUCUCUGGGCCAAUGGGAUCUACCUGGUCUGUGGCAGGCUCUAUGGGCUGCAGGAAGCUGUGGAGAUUGCGAGAGAAAUGAAAUGUUCCCAUUGCCAGGAACCGGGAGCCACCUUAGGCUGCUACAACAAAGGCUGCUCCUUCCGAUACCAUUACCCAUGUGCCAUCGAUGCAGAUUGUUUACUAAACGAAGAGAAUUUCUCAGUGAGGUGCCCCAAGCACAAGCCCCUCCUUCCUUGCUCUCUUCCCUCCUUGCAGAACAAGAUGGUGAAAGGCAGCCUCAGCACAGAGCAGUCGGAGCGGGGGUGAGGGGGGAAGUGUACUCCUGGGAAUGGAUAUAAAAGCAAGCACAGGUUAGGCUGUUGAGAUAAAAAGCGGUGGACAUUCGUGACUGAAUGGAAUCUCUCCCACUGUGCAGCCAUGCCCCCUCUCGAUGUGCCUGCCAAUGCCAGCACUUCCUUCAUAAAUUCUUACAUCACACUCAAGACUGAUGACAUCACAGAAUCUGACCAAGGAGUCUGAACCAGCUGUUUCCAUGGACACAAUCUCCAUAGUGACAGUGGGGAGGGGAGGGGGAAAAAGGAAACAGGUGGGGGGAAUUAAAGAGGGAGGGAUAAAUAUAUAUAUAUAUAAAGAUCUAUUUUUUAGUCUUGAAAGACUUUGUUUUAAGUGAAAGGUGCGCUAUAUCCCUUUUGAUGCUUUUGAUUAAGAUUUUUAAAACCCCAUAUAAAUUAAAAAAGAAACCUAUAGCUAAAGUAAAUAUUAAAUCCAAAAUUAAAGCCAGGAAUGUGGAGCCUAACAUUUUGUGGGAAAGAAUAGCAAAACUGGGAGUACUCCAAACAGGACUUGUCUCUCUUCCUCUUGCUUUCUUUCUCACAACAUCUGAUGAAAUUCAAUUUUGAAAGGCAAAUCAAAUACUGAUAAAUUGUUUGUAGGAUGUGGGAGGAAGGCUUGGAUGAUUGCAGGUAAUUUGGUAUCAGUAGUUGUGUCUGAGGGGUAGGGAGGUUUCCAUUUUUGAGAAACACUAUUAACAAUGUAAGCUUGAACAACAUCUGCAGAUUGUUGGGUCAUGAGACUCAUGAAGUAAGAGGUUUCUGCUGCUUGCUAGGUCCCAUACACCUCAUUGGUGUGGGAACACCUGUACCACACAGGGGAAGGGAGUAUCUGCCCUGUGUGCAACAACGUGACCCCCAGAUCAUUCCAAGAAACUGCCUUCAGUUUGGAAGGCAGGUGAGAGGAAGACAUGGUUUACCUGCCAGAUGGGGGAACAAGAGGAAGUCUGAAUGUUGGUGGAGUCAAUGUAUCUUCAAACUUACUGGGGUAAAUCCACUUGGCCCUCUUUUAUUUUUGUAUUUUUGCUUUUCCUAAGGAAGGAAGAGGGAAUGUCAGUGUAACAACCUACACUAUAUGGUUAUUCGGGGUCAUUGUUUUCCUUUUUUUUCCCUUUUUUUUCUUUUUUAUUCUUUUUUUGGGUUUUGUUUUUUUUUUUUUGUAAAUUAUGUAAUUUUAAAACAUUUGGGUUUUAGGAACAACAACAAAAAAAAUCAUAUUUUUUUCUUGUUAAGGCCUUAAGAAAGGGGUUAGUGCAUCUUUCAGGGGUCACUCUGCCAUGGGAAAAAAAUAGCUGUUUCACAAACAGUUUUAUAUAAAAAAAGCUUAAAAAAACCAAAAAAACGAAUAAACUUCAUUUUAACCUUGUCUCCUUUUGUUUUGUGCGAACUUGAUUUGUUUAAAAGGACAGAGACAGUACUAUCUGCUGCUUUUUUGGUUUCUUUGCCUUCAUCGGUUCUGCCUUCAGUGAUGACCUUCUGAACUGGCCCAGCAAGAGGAAGACCACAAAGGCUUUGAAAAACUAAAGCUUAGGAUUUGUUUGAUGUUCAGAGUUAACAAACCAAUGACUGGAUGAAUUUUCUGUUCGUGUGAGUUGGUGAUAUUUCACCAGGUCACUGACUUCUUUCACUCAUAGGAUGGUAGCAUAUCCUAGCGAUAUCAAACAGCGUGUUGUUUACUGGGAAGUCACUAGAGAUAGGGAUCUAACCAGCAUGACAUGGAUGAAAAAAUGGGGUUGAUAUUGUGGGGAGGGAAGAAUUGUUUUAAAAGUUAUGUACUGGAUGCUUGCUCAGCUACUCACAUUUUGGAGUAUUCAGCACAUAAAAAUAAAAUCUAUGAUAGCUCAUAUUAAGAUAUCUAUUUUAACUCUAUUUUUAAAAGAUCAAUUUAAAGAUUUGGGAGAUAAUUUGGCAGUUAUUUAUUUCUAUAAGUUGCUACUCUCACUCAUAAAUAUUUGGAAAGAAAAGGCAGCCUUCUGCUUACUCCUUUCCCAGUAGCAGCUACUGAAGUUAGUAUGUCCUUUACAUUAAGAAAUAGACCUGUUGUGAUAAAUGUCACUAAUGUGUCAUGAAUUGGUGCUGAAAAUAUUUAACUGCUGGUGUAGUCAGAAAAAAGUCAUUUUUAGCAUAGUUAAUGUGAUUGAGUAAAUGACUUCUUUUCAACUGAAUAAAAAUUGGUUUUUUUUU